CCUUCGCUUCGCCUUCGAACAGAUGCACAGUUACAUUGUGUAAGUCUCAGACGGUCUCCCGCCGAAUUUCUCUUCUUCACUUCCAGCUGCAAUGGCGUCCGAUUCUUCUCCAGUUAACUUCAAUUCAGGUCCUUCGUCGCCUGGUGAUUCAUUCUCUAGUCCCAUUGGAAACACCGUCUCAUCUUCAGGAGACGGUUAUCGCCGUCGAAGCCGUCGCCGGUCAUCUACUCCUUCGGAAAUUACUACGCCGCCGCGUCAACGAUCUCGAAUGGUCUCGUCGGAAACUACUCCGAAGGCUACGGAGUCGCGCUCGCGUCGGGAGGGAGGUGGGAGAAGAGCGUCCGGAGGUGGAGCGACCCCGAUGGCUGCUACACCUUCAUCGACGGAUGAUAUUCCGCCGUCGACGGAACCUGGCGACGGCGACGACAUGGAUGAGGAUCAUCCGACCUUCGUAUGGGGGACGAAUAUCAGUGUUGACGAUGUGAAGGGAGCGAUCAUUCGGUUUUUGAGGCAUUUCCGCGGUCGUCAGGCGUCGCAGUCUGAGGGGGAUUUUCAUACCGAGGGAAAAUACGCGGAGGCAAUCAAGCGGGUUCUUGAAAUUGAAGGGGAUUCGCUCGAUGUGGAUGCGCAGGAUGUGUUCAAUUACGAUACGGAUUUAUACACGAAGAUGGUGAGGUAUCCUCUCGAGGUUCUCGCAAUUUUUGACAUUGUUCUAAUGGAAAUGGUGCCCCAAAUCAACCCAUUGUUCGAAAAGCACAUUCAAACUCGGAUAUUCAAUCUCAGAACUUCUACUUCAAUGAGAAACCUUAACCCAUCUGACAUUGAGAGGAUGGUAUCACUGAAGGGAAUGAUAAUACGGUGUAGUUCCAUAAUUCCUGAGAUAAGGGAGGCGAUGUUUAGAUGUCUCGUAUGUGGAUACUACACUGACCCAGUAGCUAUUGAGAGAGGUCAAAUAACUGAACCCACUAUAUGCUUGAAGGAAGAAUGCCAAGCAAGAAACUCCAUGACAUUGGUUCACAAUCGAUGCAGGUUUGCUGAUAAGCAGAUUGUACGGCUUCAGGAGACUCCUGAUGAGAUACCUGAAGGAGGGACACCUCAUACUGUAAGCUUGUUAAUGCAUGACAAGCUGGUUGAUACUGGAAAGCCUGGUGACAGAGUUGAGGUCACUGGGAUUUAUAGGGCCAUGAGUGUGAGAAUUGGACCAACCCAGAGAACUGUAAAAUCAUUAUUCAAGACUUAUAUUGACUGUCUUCAUAUAAAGAAGACUGAUAAGUCGAGAAUGGUGGCUGAAGACCCAACUGGAGCUGAGAACCGGUUGGGUGGAAAUGUCGAUGAUGUUUCGUUUGAUGAAGCGAAGGUGGAGGAGUUGAAAGAACUCUCCAAAAAGCCUGAUAUAUAUGACAGACUAACCAGAUCAUUGGCACCUAAUAUUUGGGAGCUUGAUGAUGUAAAGAAGGGCCUUCUUUGCCAGCUCUUCGGUGGGAGUGCUUUGAAAUUGGCAUCCGGUGCAAGCUUUCGUGGAGAUAUUAACAUACUUCUCGUUGGUGAUCCUGGAACCAGCAAGUCUCAGCUUCUCCAAUACAUACAUAAACUAUCUCCCCGCGGCAUUUACACCAGUGGAAGGGGUAGCUCUGCUGUUGGUUUGACAGCUUAUGUCACCAAAGAUCCUGAAACUGGGGAAACAGUACUGGAGAGUGGGGCCUUGGUUUUGAGUGACAGGGGCAUAUGCUGCAUUGAUGAAUUUGAUAAAAUGUCUGAAAAUGCAAGGAGUAUGUUGCAUGAGGUGAUGGAGCAACAAACUGUUUCAAUAGCGAAGGCUGGAAUCAUUGCUUCCCUUAAUGCCAGAACUUCAGUAUUAGCUUGUGCAAAUCCUAGUGGUUCACGUUAUAACCCUCGCCUAUCUGUGAUUGAUAACAUACACCUUCCUCCUACUUUGUUAUCAAGGUUUGACUUGAUUUAUUUAAUUCUGGAUAAAGCUGAUGAGCAAACAGAUAGGCGCCUUGCUAAGCAUAUUGUCGCACUACACUUCGACAACCCAGAGGGCAUUGAGCAGGAUUUCAUGGACCUUCAUACCUUGACUUCAUACAUCAGCUAUGCUAGGAAAAACAUUCACCCAAAAUUAUCAGAUGAGGCAGCUGAAGAGUUGACUAGAGGCUAUGUUGAGCUGAGGAGGAGAGGAAACUUUCCAGGCAGUAGUAAAAAGGUCAUAACAGCUACUCCCAGACAGAUUGAGAGUUUAAUACGUUUAAGCGAAGCCCUUGCUCGUAUACGUUUCUCAGAAUGGGUUGAAAAGGGCGAUGUUCUUGAGGCAUUCCGGCUUCUGGAAGUUGCAAUGCAGCAGUCUGCAACCGAUCAUUCUACAGGAACCAUUGACAUGGAUCUGAUCACCACGGGAGUAUCGGCAAGUGAACGGAUGCGAAGGGAGAGUUUAUUAUCGGCAACUCGCAAUAUAAUCAUGGAGAAAAUGCAGCUCGGAGGGCCUUCCAUCCGCCUGUCAGAGUUGCUGGAUGAGCUGAAGAAACAGAAUCCUGAUAACGAAGUCCAUCUCAACAACCUUAGAAAUGCGGUAUCAACACUUGCAAGCGAGGGAUUUGUAGCGAUCCAUGGUGAUAGCAUAAAGAGAAUGUGAGGAGCUUGAAGAUAUUGAUUGAUUACUUCAGAGGUAUGAAGCCAUGGCCUGAGAAAAACAUCCAUAUUUGGCAUCUAAGCAUAUCAUCCGAAUGGGCUUAUUCAUGUUGUAUAGAACAUCAUGUGCUUUCCUCCCUCCCUAUCAAACCUUCUGUAACAAUAUUUAUCUUUUGGUUUAAGUUUAAUCAUGACUAUAUAGUUUUGACUGCAGGUAGUUAUAUCAUGAUAGCUUUUUCGUCUUCUUUUUUCUUGUUCGAGAAUAUUACAUUGAGGUGGAACUAGAUUCGAACAUUCCCUUCAAGAACUACUCGAGUUAUAGUUUGAAACUACGAUCCUAAGUUCAGUUAUUCUAUGUAAUUGCAUA